GAGCAUGAGGCACAGAGCAGGGAGGAGGCUGAAAUGUGGCCCGACAGGUCUGAUGGGAACUCACAGAGAGAGAGGUAGAGAGAGACAGUCAGAGUGAGGAAAGCCUGUCAGUCAGGUGGAUUUAGGAGCAGUCUGGCUGGAAUUAAGACAAUGACAUAUUUGUGUUGGUGUUGUUGAGUGUGACACUGGAUUGUAACUCAGAGGGGCCCUGUGGACUCCCAACAGAACCACUAACUCCACCACUACGACCGGCAGCAGACUUGACAGUGGAAUUUCCCUCCUCUCUCCUGGCUGAAGCUGGGGGCAGAUGGUCGCUCUAAGAGUUUGAACAGAACUCAGGAAGGAGAGUGAGAGGAAGGGUGGGAGGAGGUCGAGAGAGGGAGAGGAAGACAGGCGAGGAGUGGACAGAAGAGGAGACAUGCUUCGCUACGGCUCGGGACGAACCGUUUCCACCACCACCACCACCACCACAGAGGACUCUCCAGAUUCUUCAAGUGAGAGGAGGAUCAGGCGCCUCAGGUUAACUCUACACGCCGGUGAUAAUGGAAACAAGGAGGCAAAAACCGCAAACUCAGGCACAGCUGAGAAAGAGAAGGACGUCAGUGCGUCCUGGAAGAAGAAGAAGAAGAAUGGGAUGAUCCAAAGAGAGAGGCCAGCAGGCAGGGAGUCACCUCAGCAGCACCUUGGGGACAUGACCAAUGGGGCGCCAGAGACCUCACUGCAGCUUCAUGGACCCAAAGUGUACGGCAUCGUGCAGAGGAUGGGCUCGGACAGACAGCAGGAGGUGAUGGCGCGGGAGUGGACGGUCGAUCACCUUCAGGACGAGAUGAAGUACAUCCGGGAGGUGAGAGAUUCUUUGGAGAAGGUUAGAGAGCGGAUGUACGGGCAGUUUGGAGGAAUGCAGCAAUCAAUGCAGAAGCUUUCGCAGGAAAUCAAGGCUGCCAAUUCCCAUAGAAGAAGUCUGGAAUCAGAGGUGAGGGUCCGGACCAACGCCAUGGAGAGCUUUGAUCAGAUGAACAGUUCGCUUAUAUCUGCAAACAUCGGCCUACAGAAAUCACUGCUGGAGAACUGUCAGAGCAGGGUGGACAAAAGGGACGAGGUGAAGAGUUUGCGGAGCACUUAUGAGAAAGCACAAGAUAUACUCAGAGACAAGGAGAGGGAGCUGGCUGCUGCUCACGCUGAAAAUGAGACUUUGAGACUGCAGGUGGAGUCUUCACGGGAGGCCAGCACUCAGGCGCUACAGGAACUCUCAGCAAAGCUAGAGCGUGAGUACGAGGAAAAGCUGCAGGAAGAACAACGGAAACACAGGGAGGAAAUAGAAAACCUACAGGCACAACUUGAUGAGUACAUCAGGCGACUAGAGGAAGCAGAGAGGAACAUCAGGAUUGCAGAGGCCAAGAUUGCCGAGAGGGACCAGAGGAUCAUCGAAUUGGAGCGUCUAGUCGACUGUAUGAGCAAGGAAAAGAGUCAACUCAACCAGAAGCUGCAGGAUUGUGAGCAGCGUCUACGCCUGUUGGAACUGACAGACACAACAGAUGCUAAUGUAGCCAAAAGGUCCAAAGAGCUUCAGUCUGAAGCUGUGAAUCUCAGAGAGAGGAUCAAACACUUAAACGACAUGGUGUUCUGCCAGCAGAGAAAAGUCAAAGGAAUGAUUGAAGAGGUUGGCACACUGCGGUCUCAGGUCGCUCACAAGGAUAUGUUCAUCUCAGAGCUCCUGGACAGAAUCGCGAUAGUGGAGUGUGAGAAUAAUGAAUUAGAAGACAAGCUGAGGUAUUUUAUGUCCACACAGAAUAGGCCCAGAGAUGUUUUGGAAACCAGGGAGAUAGGAUUAGGCUGCGACCUGCUCCCCAGACAUGAAGGUCAAAGGUUUGAUGUUGAACCUCCUGUUCAGAGUGAAUCGAGUCAUCUUCAUCCCAUAAGAAACCAACCACCCAUGAAACUUCCAUCGCUUGCUGAAAUGCCAUCUCCACCCUCAUCACCUACUCAUCCUUCAUUUCCUUAUCAACCCUCACCCUCACCACCACCUCAAACUCCAUCUCUACCCAAACCCUCAUCACCACCUCAAACUCCAUCUCUACCCAAACCCUCACCACCAGAUCAACCUCCAUCUAUGACACCUCCCACGCAACCUUUAUCCCCAAGUUUUUCCUCAUCCCCCAUACAACCCUCACCCCCUUUACCACCCAUUCAACAUCCAUCCCUCUACUUGACUUCACCCAUCACUCCUAGGACAUUCAGGUCUAAUAACCCUCCGCCCAGCAGACUGCAGUCGAGUUUACUGAGGUACACUCCUGUUGAGUACAGCCGCUUCCUGCAGUCUAACCCUUCAGUGACAAGUGGGACAUUCCCCUAUACCAGCCAGUCUGAGACUGAGCCCCCUGUUAGUCCAGUCCAGUCCCGAGAUGAGGUGGAUGCAGAGACAAGCACAGACACUCAAGCAAGUGCAAGGGAAUCCAUUUCAUCCUUGUCAUCUGCUAGACCGAGAUCAAGGGCACCUCAGGUGUACACGCCGUUCAUGAAACUCAUGGAAAUAACAUCAAAUAUCAACAUAGAGUAAUUGCAAAGUAAUAUUCAGACCUUUUGGGAAAUGCAUGUUCCUGUUGCACAAGAUACUGUAUUAAGGACCUUUCAUCUCUUAUUGAAAUAAGGAGCUACAACAGAAGCUUAGCUUAGCUCAAAAACUGUAAACAGUGGGAAAAAGCUAAACUGAUACAAGGAAAACAUUGUACCUACUUGAACUGUUGUUCAAUCUGUAAAUGGCACAAGGUGUAGAACAGCAGCAAAUUAUGUUUCACGGUUGGUCAUAUGUGGGACUCCCUUGGCAGGGAGCAGUGACUUCCCAGAGUCAACAGCAGCAACCAUGCCCUGUAAAACCUAUAAAGUGGCAAAAUUGUUGUUUUUAACACUUAAAUUUAAUAAAAUAAACAAUGAAAUAAGUGAGUUAUAGACUUGCUGAUGUUUAUAGAAAGCAGUUACCCCCGUUUCCAGUCUUUGUGCUAAUCCUAGCAUAAGCAACUAGGGUAGCUUCAUGCGUAGUAGACAGACAUUACAGCGAUACCAAUGUACUCAUCAGCAAAAAGCAUUAAAAAAUGGAGUUUCCCUUAUGUGAAAGUUUACUUUGAAACCUAAUUCUGUUAAGCCUGAGAACCUCUGAGAACUUCAGCCCAGUCCUUCCUGGAGUUUGCUGUACGAAAAGUUAAACUGAACAGAGCUUGAGAGAUGCUGGCAGGCUAUUUCUGGGGCUAUGAGUUUUUCCUGUUUUUGCAGUAUUUAUGCAAAGGUAGAGGUAGCUACAAUAAGCUUAACAUGAAGGUAAGAGUAUGUCAGGACUGUUUGAUAUUUAUGAAGCUGCAGCUAAUAAACAGUCAGGAGUUACUGUUGUUAUUUCUGAGCUAACUGAGAUUACAUUACCUUACAGUCACGAGAGCCAUAUUUUACAUCUCUUCAAACUCUUGGAAAAAGAGUGAAAAAUCGUAAAAUAUUGAAUAAUUCCUUUAACACUCACACUUUUAAAGCAAUCAAAAUUGUCUUUACAUGUCAUUUAAACAAUGAAGAAUAUGACUCUGGACUAUGAUGUAUACUUUGCCUUUUGGUUUUCAGCCUAUGUUUGCACGUGACACUAUUAUUGAUAAUGAUUGCUUUAGGUUGUAAAUAAUCUGAUAUUCUGUAAAAAAAAAAAAAAAAAAAAAAACAUUGUGUGAAAAAUGUUCUGAAGGAUUAUAUUUGUUUUGUUUACAGUGAAUGUACUACUUAUUCGGUCUUGUAUGAAGGUUCAGGUUAUAGUGUGUAUUUUCUUAUAAUUUUAUACUGGCUCUGUACAAAUUAAAUGAAUAUUAUUUUCUUAUUGUCACAUUAUGUACAAAAUAUUUAUUAACAUGCGUUGUGCCUUUAUGAACAGCCCACUAUCUGAUACUGGUGGUGGGAAUGAAUCUCUUGAAAUUUGUAACAGGGGUUUAUGGAAAUAGAUAUUAUGAAGUACUCUGCUAUUGAUCAAAAUGUUCACUUUAAAGAUAUUGACCUUAUUGAGGUGACUGCCAUUCCUGAGCCACAGGCACUUGAGUAUUAUCCAGCUGUCGUCUGCACUGCCAGAACUGUGUUUGAAAAGCCUUGAGAUGUGCCUUUUUCUUGACAAUACAUAUCAUUCAAGAGGCCAGCGUAUGAUUGGACAAUAAAGACUUUACUACAUAAAUAA